AUGGCCGCUUACUGCCUAGGCUUGGCGAGCGCCGCUUCAGCACCAGCGGAACUGGACAGCGCCUGCUGCAUGGAGCUGCAGGGGGCCGCGGGAGCAGGAGCCGCCCGGAGCCCCGCAGCCGCCGCGGCCACCUUAGCUCCGCUCCAGGGCGGCCCGGGGGAGCUGGAGCUGGCGCUGGAGGAGGAGCUGGCUCUCCUGGCCGCCGCCGGAGAGCAACGGCAGCAGCAGCAGCAAGCCGGAGAGCAGGACGCGGGGCCUGCCCCGCCGGGGCAGCAGCCAGAGCUGCUCUCGCUGAUCAGGCAGAAGGAGAAGGACUUGGUGCUGGCCGCCCGGCUGGGGAAGGCGCUGCUGGAGAGGAACCAGGACAUAAGCCGGCAGUACGAGCGGAUGCACCAGGAGCUCACCUGCAAGCUGGAGCAUCUAGAGCAAGAGAAACACGAAUUAAGGCGACGGUUUGAGAACAGAGAAGGGGAAUGGGAAGGAAGGGUGUCCGAGUUGGAGAGCGAUGUGAAACAGCUACAGGAUGAGCUGGAGAAGCAGCAGGUUCACCUUCGUGAAGCAGAUCGAGAGAAAACACGAGCUGUCCAGGAACUAUCUGAACAGAACCAAAGACUCUUGGAUCAGCUCAGCAAGGCAUCAGAGGUGGAGAGACAACUCUCAAUGCAAGUCCAUACCCUUCGAGAGGACUUCCGGGAAAAGAACUCAUCAACCAGUCAACAUAUAGUACGACUCGAAAGUCUCCAGGCUGAGCAAGUCCUUGAAAUUAAGAUGCUUACCGAUAGGAAGCGGGAGCUGGAGUGUCGCCUUAGUGCCAUGAUGGAAGAAAAUGAUCUGCUUCAGGGAACCGUGGAGGAACUGCAGGAGCGAGUGCUGGUCCUGGAAAGACAAAGCCAUGAUAAGGAUCUGCAGCUGCAUCAAAGUCAGCUGGAGCUCCAGGAGGUGCGGCUGUCCUGUCGGCAGCUCCAGGGAAAGGUAGAAGAGCUUAGCGAGGAGAGAAGUCUACAAAGUUUCAACACAACCAGCACAUCCCUGCUAUCUGAGAUUGAGCAGAGCAUGGAGGCAGAAGAACUGGAACAAGAGAGAGAGCAGCUGAGAUUGCAGCUCUGGGAGGCCUAUUGCCAAGUCAGAUAUCUCUGCUCUCAUCUCAGAGGCAAUGACAGUGCAGACUCUGCAGUCUCCACAGACUCCUCCAUGGAUGAGUCUUCAGAAACCUCAUCAGCCAAAGAUGUCCCCGCUGGCAGUCUACGUGCCGGUCUCAAUGAGCUGAAGAGGCUGAUACAAAGCGUUCUAGAUGGCACAGACUCCCCGAGUUCUCGGAGAAGUGAUGAUGAUGCCUUAGAAGAACAGAUCAGGCAAACAAGUGAGGACUCAAGAGCCCUGAGGGAGUUAAUGGAGGGAGAAAGAGGGAAGCUGAGGCAAAGCCUGGAGGAGCUGCAGAGACUUCACAGCCAGGUGACACUGCUGAGUGUGGAGAUGACUGCGCUGAAAGAAGAAAGGGACAGGCUCCGAGGGUCAGCUGAAGAUAAGGAGACAAAUGAACAGCUUCUGAAGGCCAUUAGGGAUCGAGAUGAGGCCAUUGCCAAGAAGAAUGCAGUGGAAAUGGAACUAGCCAAGUGCAAGAUUGACAUGAUGUCUCUGAACAGUCAGCUGCUGGAUGCUAUUCAGCAGAAACUGAACCUCUCACAGCAGCUUGAGGCAUGGCAGGACGACAUGCACAGGGUCAUUGACCAGCAGCUGAUGGACAAACAUCUGAAGGAAUGGAGCCAGCCUGCUUAUUCCUUCUCCAAUGGCUACAGAGCAAAGCGGUGUGCAAGACCCUCCCCCGUGUUCAGGCCGGAGCAGCAGGGGGAUGAGCCCAUUGGGGCAGAAAGGAAACGUCUCUUUUCCUUUUUCAAGAAAAAUUAAUGUGAAAGGAGAAAUCUUUCCAAUUAUUCCUGCUUAAAGCUGGGGGCAACUGCCCAGCUUCCUAGUGGACCUGAAUCUGAUCCAAAAGGAAAAACACAAAGGGUGAAGGAAUUAACCCCUGAGACUGCACUAUUUACAAUCCACCUGCUCUGAACAAAAAGUUUACAUGAAUUGGAGAUUUGCAGUUUGACAAUGUGAUACCAACUGAGAGCAACUUUUCUUAUUCCUUAAGCAGAGUGAUAAACUUCAGGGUAUGUUUUAGGCGCUUUGACACAGGCCACUCAGUUUCUGCUGUGAAGAAUAAUCCAAUUGUCUUAAACUCAUUCUCUCAUGCUGGAGAAGGAAAUAAGCAACCCCAGGACAAGGCAAUACAGGGGACUGACUACUAGUGUCACACAAGAGUAGGGGAAAAGUUGUGGCCUUUAUACAACCUCCAGUCCUGGCAGCUGGGCUGUCCUGCAGAUUGCACAGGCUGUAGUUGCACUGGUCCUGGGAACAUAACAUGUUUACAUGGCUGUAGCUUACUCUGUGGGGGAAGUCGUUAUUGUCCUCUGCUUACGACCGGAAGUCUUUAUUCCCCCUGGUGCUCUCCAUAGCUACUCACACCGCAUCUGGACUGCAGAUCCCUUCCAGCCCAGUGCAGUUAUAAAUCUGCUAAUGCUGUGAGGUGAAUCUAGGUCCCUGUCGGUCAGUUCCAGACCCUGGAGUAUUGAGGAUUUGAUCGUGAAGGAGCCUGAAUGUUCAGUACUCCAGAUACCGACUCUUCCCUUUGCCUCGCUAUGGAAGUUCAGUGUAGCUCAGCCUUAGGGCCAAAGGCCUUGUGCAUCUUCCUAGUGAAAUCAACAGCCAAAAAUCUGAGUCGCUUCAAUGAGACUAAGGACUGGGCUCCAAUGACCUGCCAUCUCAAAGUCCUGAGCACCUAAAACUGAUGGAUUUGAAUAGGAAUGGGUUGUUGUGUGUCUGAAGAUCAGGUCCUAGGCAUAGCUCUUCCACUGCUCAGCAUUGCUGCAGUAGCUUUAGUUAUAGGGCUGAUCUUCAAGGCCAACCCAUAGCUCCUGUGUAUACAUUUUCUGCUACUCAGGCCUUGAUGGUAGACGGUUGGAUCCCUUCAUGCUCAGUGUGGUCGUAGACCCUCCCCUUGUGGUUAGGCGGCUUUGAUCAACCUGGGGUGAGGAGUGUGAACAUGUUGCUGCUCUACAUAUAUGCACACACUUUGGUGCUAGAAGUCCUGCAGUACGUAUGAGAUUAUUAGUAGGGUUGGUACCUUCUGCAGGCCGUAUUACUACCACGUAGAGCUCUUCCUUUAAAACUACUUUACCACCAACAAAAUAAGCAUUUCCCCUUUACAGAAAGCCGACGCUGGCAUGUUUAAGCAACAGCCUGUUUUAGAAGGGUUUUAUGCUGCUGUCACCUUUUCAUUUCCCAACUGCCAGUCUCCUACAGUCCUCUCCAAGCUGCACACCCAGCACAUGUGUGAGUGAGGAGGGGAAAUCUAUAGCCAUGAUGUAGUGUAUAUGCGCCAUCCUAAGGAAAUGGGCUUAAGUUAUGCAAUGAAGAUGCAGUGAUAAGAAAGGUGCCUUUUGUUGCAUGUUCGCUGGAAGGGGAGAGUGGACAUGAGUCACAGCUGCAUAGGCCAGUGAUUGAAAUUCACAACAAAACUCUUCAUUUAAGGAAGGAGCUACUCCUUAAUCUCCUUGCAAUAUUUUUUUCAGUGGGAAGGUUGAUAGAGGUUGGGAAAGGAAAGCAUACAUAUUUCGAGCUGAUGGUUGGGAUAUAGUUCUCUUGGACUUAAAGUGCAACUCCAUCUGAGCAUGGGAGCUAUUCAGCCCAGAAAAUGGGGAGGACAGACUUAUGAACGAGGAACCAGGUCAGAGGAAACUGUCCUUGUGCUGAGCUGCUGUUGCUGAACUGCAACAAAACUACCUUAACACCAGAUACAUAAAACAGUGUCCAUCAGUACAAUCUCUCAGCAAAAUGUCAUGUAGUUAAUGCUGUGCUUUAAGUGUCCUAAACGUUUCAUCGUCCCUUAAGCCAGUGGUGGGAAACCUGUGGCCCAUCCCUGCAACAUUUCCCACAGCUC